AUGCCAAAAAGAGCCGUUUCUUUCGCGGAUGACAUCGAAACCAGGACAUUCAAGCGAGAAAGACAUGAACUCGCAGAAGAUUUCGAUUUGCCGAUGGAUGACCCUCGACAAGCUCCAGCCACAGAGGAAGAAGUAGUUGUGCAGUCUAGUAUUUAUUUCAGAAAAUUAAUGUUCAGGAAGAUAUGAAGAAGAAAAAACACACUUUGGACAGUGACGAAGAGGAUGAAGAUGAUCACAAGCAACUGGAUAUGAAGAAAGUCGAGGGACAGGAAGAUUCUACGAUCGAUUUCGAUGGAUCUAUAAAAAUCACGGCGUUUAACAUGAAGGAAGACAUGGAGGAGGGUCAUUUUGAUGACACCGGAAACUUCAUUUUCAACAAAAAAGAAAAAGUUGGAAAUUAUCAAUUACUCGGGGAUUUAUACAAGAUUUUAGGAUAUCCAAGACGCCUGGCUUGAUGGAAUCGAUUGGUCGACGGUCAAAAAGAAGGCCGGGGAGCAGUGGGAAGGCGAAGAUCACAAGGUGGAGGAAAUCCCCGAAUAUUGAAGAAAAUUCCGACUUUCAGGAAAAAGAGGAAGAAGCUGCGCCCGCCAUGGACGACAUCAGGAAGAAGGAGAUUUUCCAGAGGCUUCUUGAGGUGAUUUUAAUUAAUUUCUUUGAAAAUUUGUGGUUUUUUGAAGGUUUUGAAGCCGAAUCAGAGUGUCGCCAAGGCGCUCACGGACAUUAAAAAAAGAAAAAAAGGGUAAAUUUAGUAUCUGAAAAAAAUUGAAUUUUUUUCUCAAAAUCUUGUGUUUUUUUAAUUGUUCUGAAAUAAGUUUGCAAAGAUUCGAAAAUGUUAAAAAAAUAAAUAAAAAAAUAAAUUUUUAAAGCUUUUUUUGUUUUUUUAAUCAUAUUUUUUUAAGUAAUUAAAAAAAUAGAUUUCAACUUUGGUUCGAAAAAUCAGCUCAAAAUUACAUCAAAAGAUGAAGUUUUUUUAUUUUUCAGAACACCAGAAAAAAAUCUAUCCCAAAAAAAUAAGGAAAUUUAGAACUUUUACAAUGUAAUUGAGAACUAGAGAAACCGUUUAAAAAGCGUUUUUUUAGCCCUUUUUUCUCGUUUUGAAACCGAAAUUUCCAGGUUUAACCGUGGCAGAAGAACGGAAAUUGAGAUGGGCGGCGAAGAAAGCCGGAAAAACGGUCGAGGAAAUGUCCGGACAGAAAGAGACCGACGAAUUGGGCGGCCUGGCCGACGAGCUCAUUUCUGCGGGAUUUGUGCGCUUUUGAAACUUUUCAAUACUCUUUGGGUUAAUUUUGAUGGAUUUAUCAAGGAAUAGAAAUUUAGGAAGGGAAAUGGGUGUAGAAAAACCAUUGAAAUUUCUUUGAAUAUUCUAAAAAACGUCAAAAAGCCCAAAUUUUUUUAAAAGGGAGAAUAAUUUUUUUAUCAGUUAUAUAGUAGAAAAAAAUGCUAUGUAGGGGACAAGGAAUGGUGUUUUUUUGAAUGAUUUUUCAGAAAAAAAUCUAAAUUUUUCAUCGAUUUUCCAAGUUUUUCUUCUGAUUUUUAUUUUCAGUUAAAUUCUCAUUUUCUGUUUCGAUUAAAGUUUUUAGCGUUUUUAAAAAUUUUCAGUGGGCACUUGAGGUUGGGGCUGGAUCACAAUUAUUUUUUUGUUAUAUAUAUUUUUUUAAUCUUGAAAAAGUUUCACAAUGAUUGUUUAGUUCAAAAAAAUUACUUUUAAUCUUCGAUACAUUUGAAAAAUUAAUACAUUUCUUUGAAAAUAAUGUUUUGAAAUGCAAAAAGAUGUUUCGAAACAACACAUUUUUUUGAGUUUUUGAUGAGAACUCCGUUCAUUUUCUCAUGGUUUUUAGCAUAAUUUUCCAAUUUUUUUAAUGAUAAUUCAUCAGUUCUCAUCUUCUUUUUUUAUAAAGUAGAACUUCGAUUUCAGAUGGACGCCUAUGAAUGGCAUCGGGAGAAAAUCGAACACGACCUGAAUCGGAUGAACAAAGUGGCGAUUGAUGACGUCGACAUGUUCUCCGAUGAACCCAGUAAUUUUUCAAUCUAAUUUUUGGGUUGCUGUUUUUUUAACUCGAUUUAUUUAUUCUCAUUUUUACCAAAAGUCAUUUUUGUUUGUUUUUUUAUUUAAAAAAAUUUGUUUUUCAUCAAUUUCAGCUUCAAAUUCGGCACCAACAGUAGCGACCGUAGUCGUAGAUGAUGAAGUUCGUUGGGAAUAUAAGGAAAAUGACGCCGAAGGGACACCUGUUCAGGUUUAUCAAUUUUUGGAUAUAAGCUUGAAAAAUUUUUUUAUGGAAGUUUCAUUUCUUAAAAUUUUGAUUAUAAAAAAAUCUUUUUUCGACUUUCCUGAAGAUUAUUUCGAUUGUUUGAUGUUCGACGCUUAAAAAAAACAAGUGGUUUUGCAGGAAAUUGGGUUUUUUUUUCUCAAUUUUUUUCAGAUCGCCUUAAUUGUUACGAUUUGGCUUAUUUUUGAAUGAGUUUCGGGUUUCAGGAAUCUUUUAAGUUGUCUAAAAGUUUUCUUUAAAAUACUCGUUAAUUCCUUUUGUUUCCUACGAGAUCGCUGAUUUUUUUCAAAAUGUAUUUCCAGGAUCCCAUAAAAAAUCUUUUCAGGACACCUCAGGCAUCCCAGGAAAAUUUUUCCAUUUAGAGAACUUUUUUUAAAACUUUUACAUUACCUAACUUCCUUAGAGUUGACCCUAAAAAACCACUUUAGGGGUCCUUCAAGUUUUUCUAGAAAAAUUUUUUUCCUCAAAGUACUUUAACAGCACGUCCUUUCUUGCAAUAUGAUGUAUUUUAGAAUGAAUUUUGGUUUUCAAUCUUCUUCAAGUCAAUCUUUGGAUGAAUUUCAGAGCCCAUCUCCUAGAAAAUUUGCCUGAAAAUAUUUUUACAUCACCAAAUUUUCCAUAUUCGGACUUUUUUGAAAGGAUUUUGGCUUCCGGGGACCUUAAAAAAAUCAAAAAUAUCCUUCAGGGACCCCUUUUUAAAGACUCAUUUCAAGUACCCUUUAAGUUUUCUAGAAAGUGUUUUUAGAAAUAGCUUCAUACCGUCUUAUUUCUUACGAGCUAGCUUUUUUUAAAUGUGAAUUUCGGUUUCCAGGAGCACUAAAAGAAUCCUUUUUUAGAGUUUCCUAGAAAAUGUGCCUGAAACUGUAACAUCACCGAACUUUCCGUACUUUCGAUUUUUUUUGAAAGAGUUUUGGCUUUCAGGGACCCUUAAAACCCCUUUGAGAGACCCCUUUUGUAGGUGCUCAUUUUAGGUAUACUCAAAGUUUUUCAUAAACAUUUUUUAAGAAAUAUCUUCACAUCACUUUAUUCCUUACGAGUUAGCCUUCAAAGAAACCCUUUUUUAGAGUUUUCUAGAAAAUUUUCCUCUGAAAAACACGUACAUUACCUUAUUUCUUUCAAAAAGACUUAUUUUUGGAUGACUUCCGGCUUGCAGGGACCCUUCACGUCUUCCGAAAUGGCCCAAAGACAAGCCGACGGGAAUCUGGCGCCUAAAGGCGUCGCCCGUCGCGUCAACACGUCUGCUUCAUUCAAUCCCGUCGCCCGAAUCGAUUUCGAUCUCUAUUGCUAA